GCGGACAGGACGCCCCCCCGGGCUAGCUGCGCCCCCCGCUCCCGGAGCAGGAUCCCUAGCCCCGGAGCGCCGCCAGGACCUGCCGCUGAACCACCUCCUGAUUUCACUUAAUGAUGGAAUCAAAAAAGCCUCCAGAUGGCGGAUGGGGCUGGGUGAUUGUCAUCGCUUCCUUCUUUACUCAGUUUCUGUGCUAUGGGUCCCCAAUAGCAGUUGGAGUCUUAUACCUCGAGUGGCUGGAUAUCUUCCAUGAAGGAAAAGGAAAGACAGCCUGGGUCGGAUCGCUUGCCAAUGGAGUUGGCUUGAUUUUAAGCCCCAUCUGUAGUCUCUGUGUUGAAUCCUUUGGUGCAAGACCCGUCGCGAUCUUCAGUGGCUUCAUGGUGGCAGGGGGCCUCAUGAUCAGCGCCUAUGCUCCAAACCUCUACUUUCUGUUCUUUUCAUAUGGAACUGCGGUUGGCUUCGGAUGUGGUUUAUUAUACACUGCAGCAGUGACCAUUACAUGCCAGUAUUUUGAUAAACGCCGAGGUCUUGCGCUUGGCCUGAUUUCAACAGGGUCCAGCGUUGGACUUUUUAUAUAUGCUGCACUUCAGAGAGAAUUGCUUGAACUGUAUGGGUUGGAUGGAUGUCUGCUCAUUGUGGGUGCUGUGGCACUAAAUAUAUUACCCUGUGGCAUUUUGAUGAGACCCCUGGGGUCCUCUACCAGCCCUCCACCAGAAAAAGCGCCUGUUGAAAGUGUUUCUGCCCAAUACUCCAUAUACAAUGAGAAAGAAAAGACCCUGGAAGAGAACGUUAGCAUUCUUGAAAAAGGCUACAGUGAAGAAAAAUUUGUGAGACCUUUGACCAUUCGUGCUUCCAAACAGGAGAGUCCAUUACAUGAGAAAGAGUCAGCCACAGUGCAGACAAAAGAAACCGAUGUUUACAAAAAGAAAGCCGUGGAACAGAAGUAUUUUUGUAAACAGCUGGCCAAGAGAAAAUGGCAGCUGUGUCAGAGCUAUUGGUCAGAGACGGUCAUCUUAUUCAAGAAUAAAGUCUUUUCUGCACUUUUCAUCGCCAUCUUACUUUAUGACAUUGGGGGCUUUCCACCUUUGCUGCUGAUGGAAGAUGUUGCCAGAAGUGCAAAUGUGAGGGAGGAAGAAUUUAUCGUGCCCCUUGUCUCAAUCAUAGGCAUUAUGACAGCUGUUGGAAAGAUUCUCUUGGGAGCACUGGCGGAUGUCAAGUUCAUCAACACUGUCUAUCUCUAUUCAGCCACCUUGGUAUUGAUCAGCCUGGCCUUAUGUGCUAUUCCCUUUGCCAAAAGCUAUGUCUCAUUGGCAAUACUUUCUGGGAUAAUCGGGUUUUUCUCUGGCAACUGGUCCAUCUUCCCAUAUGUGACUACCAAGACUGUGGGCAUUGAGAAAUUGACCCAUGCCUAUGGGAUUUUAAUGUUCUUUGCAGGAGCUGGAAAUAGCCUGGGACCACCCAUUGUCGGUUGGUUUUACGACUGGACACAGAGCUACGACAUCGCGUUCUACUUUAGUGGAUUUUGUGUUCUGCUCGGCGGGUUGAUUCUGCUGCUUGCUGCCAUACCUUGGGGGAACAUGUGUCACAAAGACAGCACCAAGCCAGCCCCAAAGCCUUAUGUGUACCGAGCUGCAUCUCAAGCGUAGGGGAACACGGGGAUGCCUCUUAUUGUCAUUUCGUGCUCUCUCUCUCUAGCAAAGUCCUCAAGAGGUUUUGCAAGUGGCUCAAGCAGUCAAGACCCUUUUUCUAGUAGACCAAUUCCCUGGUGGUUGGCUCUUAGCAGCCAUCACCAUCCCUCUCCCCGAACCUCGUUUGGCUGUAUUUUCUCGCUGCUCAUUAAGUGGGGUCUCUUUUGCUACACUGUCACCCUCAAGGUCUUGAAAUAGUAGCAAACUUAGAUGGCAUGAGGAGAUGCCUCUCUGCCUCAAGGAGUGACAUUUCCCCACCCUCUUUGCCAGCCCCAUAAUGAGAUACCCAGAAGGGAAGUCUUCUGCGUUUCAAACUGUGAAGCAACCAGUCUAAUGAGAUGCGCACAGAUGCCACUGGGGUCUUCUGGAUCCCCUCUUCUCUUGGUGAUGCUAACUGAUUAACCAUUUGAAGUUUUGUUUUAAAAACUGAUCAAGAGAAGCAACCCAAAUUCACCAGGGAAUGAAAAUUUUUCUGGAAAGGGGCAUUCAAAAUGGCAGCUGAGCCAGAUGACAGUCCCUGUUGGGAUACCGUGAUAUUGUCUUUUUCUUUUUUUUUGUUUGUUUCUUAAGCAUCUUGAUUUCAUUCAGUGUCUCACUGAACACACACACACACACACACACACACACACACACACAGCACAAUUCCCUGGCCUCAAGGAGUUUGCAGGGGGGCGAGUGAGCUCCCAUCAUGCUGCUGUCCCUGGGACCUGGUCUCCACUGUUCGCUAAACAAAAUGUAACCCACUCUCAUUAGGUAGCACCCACUCACCAGAUGUUUUGCCAAGGGAGGGGCCAGGUGGGAGAGGGGCUUUUCUAUGUCUAUGUUUCCAGAUUGGAAACCCUGAUUUUGAUCAUUCCAUUAGUGCAAAUGGGAGACUUCCGUUAAGUUUGAACACAGCCCAGUUGCACAUUUGCACAUCUGCCAGGUGAAGCAAUUGCUGCUAUAGAUAUGUCAUUCUUCCAGGAUAACUGUUUACAAUGUUUUUCUUCAGAUUUGAGGGGAGUCAUGGGUGUUGGGGUGAGGGCAUUGGUUAGGUGGGGAGGGGGAAUGAGAAGUUGGUGCUUUGGCCUAGCUAGGCCUAGGAAACCCAUCUUAGAAAGAAGGGGGCAUUUAACAAGUCCACAUUGCUCUAAGGUGCUUCUCAUGGGGAAAGAGGAAUUCUCUUGAUGUUCAAAAACGAGAAAACAGCUACUGAGGCAUUGAGGAAGUUUCAAAGAGCCACAGGUGGCUUCUAAACAGGUAUUACCUUUUCCCUAGUGCCAAAAUUCUCUCCUAAUUUUUUUGGAAGUAUAUGAUAUGAAAUUUUAUUUUAUAUUUCUCUGUUGUCUUCCUUCCGAGGCAUCUAAAGCACUUUACAAUCAUGAAUUGCCUCACAAUGUCCCAGGGAAAAAGUAGCCGACACUUUUGUAGAUGGGGAAACUGAGGGAUGGGGAGAUCCGGGCACCUGCUUUGAGGUCCCCCUACAGGGCAGUGAUGGCUCUGGAUAGAACUUUUGAACUCCCUUCCCAUGGUCUCCGGGAAUUUCCGUGCCUUGCUCCUUGGUUGCCGUGAGGUGUCGGCUGGUAAGGACAGUUAUUAAGAAAGAAACAAAAACUCACCAGUGGGUUUUGUGUUUAAAGCAUUGGGUUUUUUUUCGAGAUGUUCAAGAUGCUCAUUUCUAUAAUGAACAUCAGUGACAAGCUUGUUUAUCUCAUAUGAUAUGGACAUAUUGGACGUGAGGGGAUUGUCAGGGUGUCUUUUUGCCACGUAUGUCUGUUAAUUUUGCUCUGUUCUUGUUUUUCCCACUGUCUAGGAAAUGCAUUUUAAGUGACAAUAAAACAUCUAUUAUUUCAAUUUA